CUCCAUAAGAGGACCAAAAAGGCACAGAACUAACUAAAACCUACUAUCCAAAAUAACCGACCAACUUUGGCCUCACUUUUAGAGAGAGAGAGAAUUUAGAGAGAGAGAGAGAGAGAGAAGCGCAUUUCUUCUCUACGUCUUGGGUCGCUGCCUAGCUGAUUUUCUGGUGAGCGUCUGACUGUUGUUUUGCAGAAAAAAACUGGGAUCAAAUUAAAGCUUAGUUUCUUCUGAAAUCAAGGCGUUUGGGUUUCGAUAGUGAAGGGAUGGAGGCUAAAGUUGCACAGAGCUUGCAAUUAUCGACAUGGAUUGAUCCAGAGAAGAUCAUGAGGAAACAAAGUGGUUCUUUGCGGUUUUCUCAUAGAUGCAGGGAACGGCAGAGAUUUCAGGUUCUUACUUCUGGUAAUUUUCAGCCUAAAAGAACUGCGAGUUGCCAUAGAUCAGUAGCAUUGGAGAUUUCGUGUUCUUAUCAGAAGUUUCCAGCUUCAAUAAUGCCACCUGGAAGUUUUCCUCCUUCUUUUGAUGAAGCUAUGGCUUUAAAGAAAAAGUCAGAAGAGAUAGAACCACAUUUAAGUGGACGCUGUAUAUAUCUUGUUGGAAUGAUGGGCUCCGGAAAAACAACUGUUGGUAGGAUUUUGUCAGAAGCACUUGGAUAUUCAUUUUUUGACAGUGAUACAUUGGUAGAGCAGGCCGCUGGCGGUACUUCUGUAGCUGAAAUUUUUAAUCUAUAUGGUGAGAGCUUCUUUAGAAACAGUGAGACUGAGGUACUGCAGAAGCUGUCCCUAAUGCAGCGGCUUGUUGUUUCCACUGGUGGUGGUGCAGUUGUACGGCCCAUGAAUUGGAAACACAUGAAAAAGGGGAUUAGUGUCUGGUUAGAUGUGCCCUUGGAAGCCUUGGCUAGGAGAAUUGCGGCUGUAGGAACUGGGUCUCGCCCCCUCUUGCAUCGUGAGUCGGGCGAUGCUUAUGCAAAGACUUUCAUGCGCCUGUCAACUCUUUUGGAAGAGAGGAGUGAAGCAUAUGCCAAUGCCAAUGCUAGAGUUUCCCUGGAAAAUAUUGCAGCCAAGCUGGGUUACAUGGAUGUAAGCAAUCUCACUCCAGCAGUUAUUGCAAUUGAGGCCCUUACCCAAAUUGAGAGCCUUUUGAAGAAAUAGGUUGACAGGUCAUUUUAAGGUCCGACUUCAACAAGGUUUCUCUUUCUCGGUGCUUUAAGAUUUUAUGCGUACUAUUUGUACAAGGCAAGUGUCGUGUCUCGAUUUUAGUAGGGAGACAUGGCAUGUAUUUUGUAGCAAAUUUAUAGCGAGGUUUACAUUUCUUUGAAUUGUAAAUAUGGAUGAUGAAUUCUUUUAAAAUUAUAUAUGACCCGUGAAAUUUUCUUGUAA